AUGAAGUGUCUAAUUGAUUUAUAUGUCCUGUUCCUUGUUAAAUUAAAGACUGGAAUUUCAAAUGAAUUUUUAUCCAUUUUGAGUCAUCAGCCAUUAUACUGUGGUAGUAUAUCUGACAAGGAACUUUUUAUUAAAAGCCAUCUGAUGGAUGUAUUAGAACCGAAUGAUAUUGUGAUGGCAGAUAAAGGUUUCCAAAUUGAACAAGAACUACAAAUAAUAGGACAUAAAUUGAAAUAUCCUAAAUUUUUAAAGUACUAUUCUGUUUAA